AUGACUCUUCUCCCGUUCACCCCUUCCACUUCCACCAUCAUACCCAUAUGCACGGUUGGCGUCAUCCGUACAGAUCUUCCUCAGAGUAAUUCAGGAUUCGAGCUGGCUUCGAUGUUCGCUGGCAUCGGGACAGGUUACGAGAUGGAGGUGUACUUGACUCAGGCCAGGGAUGCGGCGAGGAAACUGAUCAGCAGGUCCAAGAGGGAACCUGGUAUCAUGUAUCUCGUUCCGGAACAUCUGGAUUUGCCAGAAAGUCUCAAUCCCGGGGAUGAACUUGAGAUCGUGUGCCACUACAAUACAUCAGCCACAUCCUCACCACUGAGAAUCGGGCCCAGGACGGAGGACGAAAUGUGCAAUCUCCUCAUCUACUACUGGUCGGAGUCCAACUUCGGUCUACCUCCCGUUACUUGGGAAGAGACGAUGUCGUUGUCGAUAUCAACUAUCAAAAAGAACCGUGCGUCCAAAGAGGAUUAUGCCUGCAGCAAUGAGGACAAGGAGCAAGAAUCCACUCACACUUGGUGCUGCUCCCUGACCUUACGUUUGCGGAACCGUCCCAGGGCCAUAAUAGCUUGUGGGUAUGGAGGCUCGUCGAGCCUCCAUGCACAUGAGACUGAAGAGGGGGGUUUCAUUCACACUCUGCGGGUGCAGAGACUGCAGGGAACAUGGGGGUACCAGAUGAAGGUCUAUCGACGCACACUCGAUUCGAAGAGAAUUCUGCUGGCUUCAGCCGAGAAGAGGCCGGGAAAAAUGUAUUUGGUCCCACUCUACCAGGACUUCUCUCCCAUCAACCCCGGAGACGCAUUGGAGGUUGAAUGCCGCUACAAGAGGGAGCCUGUUUCGGACGAGGCAACGAUGCGCAUCGGGGCGAGUUGGCGAGAUGAGAUGUGCGACUUUCUCAUAUAUUACUGGUCCAGAACUUUGGAAAAGCAGCCUCCACCCAUUUGUCAAGCUCCUGUGGAAGACAUAGAACUGCCCUUCACGAUCCCUUUCAACUGGAUUCAAGGGGCUCCAAGUCUCGGCGGGGCCUUUCCCCGAUGCACAAAUCCUGACCGAGUCGUCCAUCGACACGCACAGGAGAAGCGCCGCGCCGCGUUUUCAGUCGAGAAGUUCCGGGACUCGCAAUCACGCAUAGAGGACAUGCUUGCGGAGUCAAGAACUCGUUGUGUGAUGCAGCCAUUGGUGUUGCUACUUGCCCCGUAUAUUGUAUUGUACUGGCCCGUGACCUCUGGUCACAAAGGAUGCCCAACUGAAUGCCUCUGUUCAAAAGGGCUCGUGGACUGCUCCUACAGGAGACUGGACCAUGUCCCAUCCUUGUGGCCACCAGACACCUUGAAAAUAAAUCUGCAGGGGAACAACCUCACGGAGAUACGCAGUGGAGAUUUCGCCGAUCUCUCUAAAGUCAUGGCACUGACAUUGACGGAUAAUCGUAUCUCCAGGAUUGAGAAAGGCGCCUUCAGGGAUCUGUCUUCUCUGCAGAGACUUGAUUUGAGUCACAACGAGAUCACCGUACUCGACAAGAGGACCUUUCGAGGAGCCGAGCAACUGAAACACUUGCACCUGGCUCAUAACAAGUUGCAAUGCAUCUUAAGAGAUUCCUUCAAACAUCACCGAGAUCUGGAGCUCAUUUCCCUGCAGGCCAACAAUCUAACAUGGAUUCACCCUGAAGUGUUCUCUCCUCUGCCUAACCUUCGCCUGGUCCGUCUGGAAUGGAAUCCAUGGGACUGCAGCGGUUGCCAAGCCGUCGUCCUCUCCAAAGCCUUGAAUGGCAUGAAGGCCCGGCUUGGAGAUGGUUACUCCCAACCACGAUGUGCUAUUCCAGCUGAUAAACGAGGCCAACUUGUGACCUCCCUUGUUAUAGAUGGCCUCAGGUGUUCCGGUGAAGUUGAAGCACAUUGGGGCUGUGAGUCCUUGGAUGAGAUGGCAGCAGCAGCUGAUGCUCCAUCGUUUGGGUGUCCAUCAAAAUGCCGCUGCAAUGGAGAUGGUGUCGUCGAUUGCAGAGCUCAGGACCUCACCGACAUACCUAAGAAUAUCCCUCUUGAUUCCGUAGAAAUACGAUUGGAGCAGAAUCUCCUCACUGAAAUCCCUUCCAGGGCCUUCACCCCCUUCAAGAAACUCAAAAGGAUAGAUUUGAGCCACAACCAGAUCAGCACAGUGGCGAGCGAUGGCUUUGCGGGAUUGCAGGACCUCACGUCUCUUGUCCUCUACGGCAACAAGAUAUCCAGUCUUCCCGAAGGACUCUUCCACGGACUGCAUUCCCUUGAGCUUCUGUUACUGAACGCCAACCAACUGAAAUGCAUCCCUGGAGGUUCCUUCAAGGACUUGCGGAAACUCUUUCUUCUAUCCCUGUACGACAAUGCCUUGGAGACUUUACCUGUGGGUCUCCUGGAUCCUUUGGUCAGCAUCCAGACAUUGCACCUGGCCAAGAACGAGUGGGUAUGUGACUGCCAUCUACGAAGCACGGCCGAGUUUCUCACCAGACAUCAAGGGAUCGAAACCUCCGGUGCCAAAUGCGCAGCUCCUUCCAGCAUGCAGAAGAAAAAAUUAUCAUCUCUGUUCCCAGCAAAACUCACUUGUAAUCUGGGAGAUCCAGUACCUCAGGGGUGUGCAAAGGAUUCAGGGUGCCCGAGUUCAUGUUCCUGCCAAGGUUCAACCGUGGAUUGUUCAAACCGCCACCUGAAGUCGCCUCCGUCGAACCUCCCUCCACAAACGACAAAACUGAUCUUGUCAAGGAACCAGCUGGAGACCAUGGAACCCGGGGUUUUCGAGACCCUUACCCAACUCCGAUCCUUGAGUCUGAACGACAACAAGCUCACAUGUCUUCCCCAAGGCGCCUUUAAGGGACUCGACAAGCUCCAAGAAGUAUCGUUGGCGGGCAAUCAACUGGAAUGUGAUUGCGAUCUUGGAUGGCUGAGCGAAUGGCUACAACAGAGAGGGAUAAUUGAAUCAGGUGCAAGGUGCUAUGUCCCUUCCAUGUUAGCAGGGAAGCCCAUAGAUCAACUCCCGAGGGACCUUUUCAAAUGUUCCAAUCCGGGAAAAUCGGCAUGCAAGAAACUGGCUGCAGACGCUAUGCCCUCCGUCGUCUGUCCGCCGCAGUGCAAGUGCGAGGACAAGAAAGUUAGAUGCAGCCAUGCAAAGCUGGAUCAAAUCCCCUAUCCCAUCCAUGCUGACACAGAAGAAUUGUACUUGGACGCAAACGAGAUCAAGGAAGUGAACCCUAUGAAACUCAAACAUCUCAAGAAUCUACAGCGACUAGAUCUAAGCAAUAACCGAGUCUCCUACUUGGACGCAGACGCUUUCCAAGGACUCCAUAGUCUCCACACUUUGAUUCUGAGCUACAAUAAGAUCGAGUGUCUCCAUAAGGCGGCAUUCUCAGGACUGGGGGGGCUGCGAAUCCUGUCUUUGCACGGGAACGAAAUCUCCAAGGUCCCUGCUGGGGCCUUCGACGAUCUUCAUUCCAUCAGCCAUCUGGCGCUGGGUUCGAACCCCUUGUUCUGUGACUGUCACUUGCAAUGGCUGAGUGAGUGGGUGAAGAGGGACUAUGUAGAGCCAGGAAUAGCGAAAUGCCACGAUCCAGCGCCAAUGAGGGACCAGCUCAUCCUAACUGCUCCUUCCGCCUCUUUCACCUGUAAAGAGCCUGCCCCUCCCCACGUCCUGGCGAAAUGCGAUGCCUGCUUCAACUUCCCCUGUCGCAAUGGUGGCACUUGUGAGUCGCAACCGAUGAAGAACUUCACCUGUCUCUGUGGUCCGGGUUACUAUGGCAGCCAGUGUGAGCAUGCAAUAGAUGCUUGCUUUGGAGAGCCUUGUGCCAACGGGGGGACCUGCGAAGUCAUCGAAGAAGGACGUUUCAGUUGUCACUGUGGAGUGGGCUUUACUGGACUUCGAUGUGAGGAGAACGUGGAUGACUGCGACGGGCAUAAAUGUCGCAAUAAUGCCACCUGCAUUGACCUCAUUGAUGAUUACAGAUGCAACUGCCUACCUGGAUUCGCAGGUGAAUUUUGUGAGAAAAAGAUCGCGGCGUGUACGAAGGAAUGGAAUCCGUGCGCGAACGGUGGCCGCUGCAUCAACACAGGAUCGGAUUAUUCCUGUGAGUGUCCGACUGGGUACCACGGUCGCCAUUGCACGAGCACGGAGACAGAUUGUGUGAAGAAAGGCUGUCACAAUGGAGGGACUUGUACAAAUCGUUCCGUUGGUGCCAGUUCCGUUUAUCACUGUAUCUGUCCGGUGGGAUUCUCGGGGGAUCUGUGCGAGAUCCGACCACAGGUGGAACUCUAUGCUGCCACUUCCCCCUGUCCAUACGAUUGCAUCCAUGGACGUUGUUACCAACCUUCCUCUGCCGAUUACAUCUGCAAGUGCGAACCUGGAUACUCUGGUAAGGGCUCUCCUCAAACUGGUAUGCCAUGUUCAUGGAUUCGGAACAUCCAGGAGGAUCCUCGCGUGUCGAUACUUUCUAUUACAGGGAAACGCUGUGAAACGCUGACGAGUGUGACGUUGUUGGAGGCGAAUUCUUACGUGGCGCUUUCUCCGCUGCGGACGACGAACCCGAACGCGAACAUCACGCUCGUCUUUGCCUCUCGGAACAAGGAAGGAGUCCUCAUAUACACGGGGCAAACUCAGCAUCUCGCCGUCGAGCUCUUCCUCGGCCGCCUCAGAGUCAGCUACAAUGUCGGCAACCAUCCAGUCUCCAUCAUGUACAGCUUCGAGGAGGUGUGCGAUGGGAAGCCGCAUCGGGUGGAGUUCAUCUCCGCUCAGAGGAAUCUGAGCAUGGUGGUGGAUGGUGGGAAGAUGCAGACGAUCGUGAAUGCAGGGCCGAAGGAAUCCUUGGAAGUCUCCACACCUCUUUUCAUCGGUGGGAUCCCCCCGGAAACGGCUAACCGAGCCGUCCGUCACCACCAUUUGAGGAAUAGCACCAGCUUGCGGGGUUGCAUCCAGGGGCUGUUUUUGAACGGGGCAGCUGUGGACAUGGAGACGGCGUUGAGACAGCAUCUCUUGGCACCUGGCUGUCAAAUCUCAGCAGGAGCUGGGAGGCUCGUCCCAUAUACUUAUCAACCAUCUUCAGCAGUCAGUGUGAACGACCUCGGGAAAGAGGAAUGGCCGAAGGCGGAAGGCAAGAACGAAGUAGAAGAGAGGGAAGAAGACGAGGAUUUGGACGAUGACGUCGACGAGGAGGAAGAUACGGGAGGUCUCGAGGGCCAGGAAAAUAUGACCAAGAAAAACCCAUGUGAGAACCAUAAGUGUCACAUGGGGAAAUGUAAGCCAAGGGGGGAUACCUACCGCUGCAGGUGCCGCGGAGGCUGGAGUGGAAAACUCUGUGAUCAAGCCCCAACCUGCCGGAAGGAGAAAUACCGGGAUUACUACAAGGAAAAUGGGUGCCGGUCCCGGCGACCAGUGACAAAUGCCAGGUGUCGAGGGAAAUGCGGCCGGAGAUGCUGUCAAGUGCGGAAGAGCAAGCGGAGACGUAUCCGCCUCAUCUGCAACGACGAAUGGGCAGGGGAAGCGCCUCAGGUUAAAGACGAGAAGAAGAAGGAAAUCAUAGCAUCCCUGAAGAAAAAUGGAGUGCAGUGGGAGCCAGAGAAGUGGCCCCCAGUCCCACUGGACACUCAGAGUAGUGGGGUAGGACUCCUGGAAUCCCUUUCGCUAACUCUAACAGGAUCACUCCUGCAUCUUCCUCUCCUCAGGAAGCUUCUUGAGCAUGAAGAUCCUCAGGACACUCCUAGCCUCAUCCAGAAAGCAGCAGAGAUCCUUAGAAGACCGAUUGUCCUUAUCGGGGAAAAAUUAUCUGGCACCUUCUUCCCAAGAGGGACGGGUGGGAAUGAGGACCUGCAAGGUAUGCUACUCUUCGCUCAUGAAGAUGCUCAACACAUCUCCAUCCUCCCUGUUGUUCCCCAACGCAGUACUGUGAUAAGCAAAGUAUUCCAGGUAAAUAGAAAGAUAGAAAGAAUGGGAAGUGAAGCUGCUCCCCAGUAA